AUGGUCCACGCUGGCCAGCAAAUUGACUCUACGCAUCGUCAGCACUAUGCCCCCAACAACGGAACCGAUGGUCAAGCAGCGUACACCGGGGAUAGUGUGCGCAGCCAUGUCGCUGAUCUGUUCCGAGGGCUGUCCCUCACUCGCAAUCCUGAUCUUUGGCAAACGCUCCCCGCCGAGAAACGAUACGAACUGGAGAAUAGAGAGGACUAUAUCGAGAUCGAAAAUGCCCUUCAGGCUCUUAAAGGAUCGACAAAGAACCAACAGCGUCGACUAUUAUACAACAAGAUGAGGAGACUGAUUGAUUCUGAGCUUAGCAAAUGCCAAAAGAGUCAGACCCGCAAGCCUUUGUCUGAAGAGCCGGACGGAACUUACUUCAUGGGUUCUCAUCGAUCACAAUUUAGCCGUGCGCGUCGCAUGAUGCCGGUGCGCCAACGUUUGGCCGACAAUAUCUUCCAGGAGGCGACAUUGCGUAGUGAUUUAGGUCGCCAAGUUCUCGCCGAUAUGAUAGCGUUAUGCAAACAAGAACACGAAAUUGAGAUCCGGCCGGGACUGGAACCCGGAAAAUGUCACUGCAUUGCUUCAAAGGACGAGUCUUCUGAGAAACGAGCCCAUAUAAAAUCUAACAAGGCUUUCUAUUCGGCACAAACCAUGGUGGACAACCUGGGAUUCACGCUGACGCCAGACUCGAUGGUCCAUUUCAACGACGCCACUUGGCCGUUAUUGGUCAUGUCUUUCUUAGCAUUCGCGGGCAAUACUCUCUACCCGGUCGUGCUGCGACUUGUCAUUUGGACCUUCAGCAAGAUUGUGCCCAAGGACUCGUUGACCAAGGAGACGCUACAAUUCAUCCUAGACCACCCACGCCGCUGUUACACACUGCUUUUUCCCGCCCGGCCAACCUGGAUCUUGUUCAGUAUCAUCUUUUUGCUCAACUUUGUCGACGUGUUACUCAUUAUUGUGCUUGAUCUCAAUAAUCCCGCUGUCAACAGUCUUUCACUUGGCGCGCGGAUUCUUGCGGCCAUCUUCCAGGCUGCGUCCGCACGACAUACCGGGACAUCGUCAUUUAACCUUGCGGACGUUAAUCCAGCAGUACAAUUCAGCUUGGUGAUCAUGAUGUAUAUUUCCAUCCUACCAAUCGCGAUCAGCAUUCGUUCCUCAAAUGCGUAUGAGGAGCGAGCACUAGGUGUAUACCCACAUGAGGAAGGCCUCGAUGAAUCAAACGGUUCUUCAUACGUUAUGACACAUAUUCGCAAUCAGCUCACCUUUGAUUUGUGGUACAUAUUUCUCGGCACCUUUUGUAUCUGUAUUGCCGAAGCUCAGCGGAUCAUGGAUAAUGAUGACCCAGCGGUUGCUGUAUUCCCAGUAUUUUUUGAAGUCGUAUCUGGAUAUGGCAAUGUGGGCCUCUCUCUUGGGUAUCCUACAGUGAACACGUCACUUAGUGGGCAAUUCACCGUCUUCAGUAAGGUUGUCAUGUGCUUUAUGAUGAUUCGCGGUCGACACCGUGGGUUACCAUAUGCCCUAGAUCGUGCUAUCAUGUUGCCAAGUGACCACGUCACCGAGAUUGGGCUACAAACCGAGAACAGCGGUUCACUUGGUGACGCCAAAAGUCUGCGUCGCCGCAUGCUGCCGAUGAGGACGUAUCUCACAACCUAA